AUCUCCUGGCAGAUAAGGGGUACGGAUUGAGAUUUAAAAGGGCAUGGUUAAACACUCCACUCCAGGGUGGACAGUCUUACUCAGCGACCGGUAAACAUUGAGAUAAUCUCUCCAAGUGAAUUCCUCAAGUGACGACAGGCGACGCACACAGCAGGAAAACUAUCACCUGACAGACUUUAAUUGAUGGGAGAGGACUUUGUGUCGAGUUUUUAAUUUGUUGUUCAGUUUGUAACCAGCACAGGUAUAAGAGUUACUUCUUGUGAUUUGUUCGACCUCUCAAAGGGACUGGCUUAUCAGAGAGGGCUGGUUUCACAUGUUAAUGCUGAAAAAAAAUCAAUGGGUUGAAUGUCGACAUCUACUUGUUCAUAUUUCGAUCAACCACUAGUUUAUGGUUUCUGGUGAAUCAAGCAAAACCAAACAGAAAAAAAAAGCAAACGAAUUCAAUCAGUCCCAGGAACUGUUGCUGCAGUGUGCUCAGGGUCAAGACGUCAUCCUGACAAUAAGAGGAUACUUGUGCCCUUAACAUACCUGAAUCUCACCUGAAUCUCAUGGACUCAUUUGACAGGUAGCUGUAAAGAGGAAGUGAGACUAAACUCAUUAUAAGGGAGGACAGUUAAAUGGCACUGACCAAAAUGUGGCUUUGGACUUGCAUUCAAAUGUGUGUGUAUUUGCUGGUAACAGGAGUUUCUUCGCCUGUGUCAAUACCGAGUCUGCCCUGUCCAUCUGGAUGCACCACAUGUGAGACGCUACCUCAUUCUUCUUAUGUCAUAAGAGCCACAUGCUCUGGUGUUCCUCCAAGUGCCCUUCCCACAAGUGUCAGAGAGCUACGUGUGAAGAAUGCGGUGUUUCCAGGCGUGCUCACACCAGACAGUUUCGAAAACAAAACAGAUUUGACUCUCCUUGAAAUGACCAAUUCGACAGGAUGUGGAAUCAUAUGGAACAAAGCUUUCAGCGUAUGCUCAAAACUGAACAAUCUGCUUAUCGAGAACACAGACCUGUUACAGGUUGGAGAAUUAAGCUUCUGGGGCCUGGUGGGAUUGGAAACUCUCAGCUUGAAAAACAACAAACUGAUGAAAAUAAACAAAGCCUUCGUCCACGUCAAGAAACUGACUCAUCUGGAUCUGAGUUUUAACGAACUUCACCAAAUCACGAGCAACAUGUUCCAAGGCCUGACAAAGCUGUAUGAGCUGCGCAUACAAGGGAACCUCAUUACCAACAUAGACACUGACGCCUUCUCCGAUUUAACAGACUUACAUGAGCUCGUUCUUGCGCAAAACCAAAUUACGAUAAUAGACAGUGGCUUGUUCCAAGGACUGUCAAAUCUUCGCAAGCUUGACAUCAAAGACAACAAAAUUACAACAAUUAAAGCAGGAGCUUUCAAUGGAACUACGCUGGACCAGCUGGAUCUUGGGGACAACAGUCUUACUGCCUUCCCAUCAGUCGCUUUCAAGAAUUUAACAAAAAGUCCAAAACAGAUCAAUCUGGCAAAGAACACGAUUGUGAAGCUUGAUGACUUUCUUUUUGAUGGCCUAACGUCCCAGUACUUAGACCUGAGUCAGAACAAGAUCAGCUCGGUUAGCAAUAAAGCAUUUGAAGGUUGUAGCAUUCUAAUGGUUCUUCUAGAACGUAAUAACAUAUCCACCAUGCCAACGGAGGUUCUACCGUUUUGGCGAAAAGCUCGGGUCGUGUCUAUUGGUGGCAACCCAUGGCAGUGCGACUGUGACCUCUUGUGGAUGGUUCAGUUUGUCACGAAUAGCAGCCCAAGAAAAUACCGAGCCCACGGGAGUUCACCCGUGCCGACAUGUGCAAGAACAGCCAAAUAUGCAAAAAAGUUGUUCAAUCAAGCUCUGCCGGGAUUGGAGGCAGACUGCAUCACAACCACAACAGCAGUCUUAACAACAACAACAACCAUUGCAAGUUCCACUCUGGAGACAACAGAAACGACACCAGAAGCCACAACAAAAUUAGAUACAACAACAACGUCUAUUGUCUAUUCGACCACUAGAAUGACAACAACUACAACUAACAUUCCAACAACAACAACUACACCUGCUCCUACUACUGCAGAGCCAACGACAAUAACAACAGUGUCAACCAAAGAAAUUGUGACGCCUGAAAAAGUUGCUUCCAAACCAGACAGCUUGUCUCCCGGACUUUGGAUUGGGCUAGCAGUUUUAGCAACAAUACUGCUUGCUGGCUUCAUUGUCUGGUUCUUAUUCGGCAAAAAGAAACAAAAGACGAAUAACAACAAGAUUAAACCUGAGGACCUCCAAAACGAAAUCCCUCCUAUGGUCACACCGAGAAUGAUUCAAGUUCAAGCCCCGGCGUCCACAGCAAUGCCGAACUUUUCUACCUCCAAAAAGAAGAUUUCUGAAAACUUAAUGGCUACAGAAAAUCCGACCUUGAAGCUGCACAACAGUAACACAUUGCAAACAACUUCUCUGGCAUGA